GAACGUGAUUAAUGGCGCAGCACGCAAUUGCGGCUGGCUAAGCUGUCUUUAACCAUCCAACUACAAAGAGAUUUAGCCACUGACAGACCCGCCGGCGAAGUUAAAGCUCCGGCAGAUCGCAUCGCAGCGGUUGCCAAGGUCGCCGGCGAGCCACGGGUACCUCGACAAAGGAACAUGGCCAUCAUAAAUUACUCCGCUGGAAGGGGAAACCCCAGCCCAUUGACAGGCCGACCCUCUUACGCAUGCUCCGACUGGUUGGUGACUAGAAUUCUCGCUAACUAACCACCAUAAAUACCACCGGAGCUCACGCAUCGGCAUCUCGCCGCCCCCUCUCGGUCCAACUCGAAAGAGCGCACGCGAACGCAGCCAUGGCGGAUUUGAAGGCUCCGGCCAAGGCGAGGAGGCUGGCGCCGCCCAUGUCGUGGCGGACGCGCCUGUCGAUCUUCGCCGCGGGUUACCUCACCGACGCCACCUGCCGCGCUGACGGCACAAUCAACCGCCGCCUGCUCACCUACCUCGACCCCGGCGUCCCGCCCUCCGCCGCCCCGCGCAACGGCGUCUCCUCCCGCGACAUCGACGUCGACCCCGCGACCCCGCUCCGGGCCCGCCUCUUCCACCCCGUGGGCCUGCCCGGCCCGCUCCCGGUUGUCCUGUUCUUCCACGGCGGCGGGUUCGCCUACCUCUCCGCGGCCUCCCUCGCCUACGACGCCGCGUGCCGCCGCAUCGCCAGGUACUGCGGCGCGGCCGUGCUGUCGGUUGACUACCGCCGCUCUCCGGAGCACCGGUUCCCGGCGGCGUACGACGACGGGUUCUCCGCGCUCCGCUUCCUCGACGACCCCAAGAAGCACCCCGCCGACGUCGCGCCCCUCGACGCCUCCCGCUGCUUCCUCGCCGGGGACAGCGCAGGCGCCAACAUCGCCCACCACGUCGCCCGCCGCUACGCCAUGUCCUCCCCGUCCUUCGCCAACGUCCGGAUCUCCGGCCUCAUCGCCAUCCAGCCCUUCUUCGGCGGCGAGGAACGGACUCCCUCCGAGCUCCAGCUGGAGGGCGCGCCCAUCGUGUCCAUCUCCCGCUGCGACUGGAUGUGGCGCGCCUUCCUCCCGCCAGGUGCCGACCGGACGCACGAGGCCGCGCACGCGGCUUCCCCUGCGGCCGCGGCCGGCAUCGACUCCCCGGCGUUCCCGCCGGCGGUGGUGGUGGUCGGCGGGUACGACCCGCUCCAGGAUUGGCAGCGGCGGUACUGCGGGAUGCUGACCUCCAAGGGAAAGAAGGUGCGGGUGCUGGAGUACCCCGAAGCCAUCCACGCCUUCUAUGUCUUCCCGGAGUUCGCCGAGUCCAAGGACCUCAUGCUGAGGAUGAAGGAGUUCGUCGCCGGGAGCGACGGCGGCAAGUGAGCGGCUCGCGCCAGUAUCGACAGUGUCAGUGUUCGCCUGUGUGGUCGGAAUUAGGAGAAGAGGAUUGGGUGUGCUGGCAUGACGUAUCUGGACCAUAGUACUCGUAGUGAAUAGCAGUAGUGCAGUACGGAUGACGACGUGUAAUAAGUGUUAUUUUUACUAAAUGACGGAUAUCCCUAAAUGA